GCUCGACCACCUGCUAGCGCUCAGCACGGUGCCGUGGGCCAACAUCGCCGACGGGUCCGCGCCGGCGCUGUCGCUGUACGCGGUCCAGUUCGGCGGGCAGCUGGUGCCUGUCUUUGCGGCUGUCAUGGUCGAGGCGUCGCGCGCGGGCAAUGCGGGCGGUGUCUUGUCUUGGUCAGUUGGUUUCUUCGCCUCGAGGGGGCUUGUUUGUUUGCGGGCGCCCGCUGACCGGAGUUGAGUCGAACAGGCCGGUCUUCUGGGGCUACCUGAUGCAGAUCUUUGGCUACGCUGCCGUGAUGCCCGUCUACGCCGCGCUGCAUCUCUUCGGCUCGCCCGUGGCCCUCGCCAGCCUGGGCAGACCUCGCGCCAGAGCCACAGCCCUUCGCCACCCGUCGCGCUUCCGUCUCCGGGUCCUCGUCCCCGCGUUUGCGCUGGGCUAUUUCUUGCCGUCGCUGCUCAUGGGCUGGCCCGUGUCGUCGCCGGCCCUGCACCAGUGGCUCAACGGCCUGUGGCAGGGCUUCCCGCUGUACGUCGUCGCAUCUCAACAGCUGUUCGCCCGCUUGGUUGCUCCGGCGCAGCAGGGACACGGAGCGAUCCUCUCUCGCGCUUACAGCUGGGCGUUCUACACGGCCGCUGCCGUCCAGCUGUGCACAUACGCCGUCAUCCUCGCGGCGAAGGCGACGCCCGGCUUGUUUCCCAGCUGGGCUGCCGAGGCUUUCGCCUUUGGCGCCGUGUUUGCGCCCGGGCCCUUUCACUCGAGCAAGCCCCUGUCGUCGAUGGUGGCGGCGAUGCACGAUUUCUACAAGUGGGAUCAGUAUGUCGGCUCGGCAGCGGCCAUCACCUGGGCUGUCUGUCUGGAUGUGAGCUCGCAGGAGGCGGGUGUGAGCUUGGCCGACUGGGCCAUCCUCGGAUGGGAUGUUGUUCGAUGGAGUGCUAUCGCUGGGCCGGCGGGAGCUCUCGUGCGACUGCUGCAGCGGAGGGACGGGAGGGUCCUGUUGGAAGACACUGUAGUCGAAGACAAGCGGUCAUAGUGGUUAAUGAUCAUUCCACGGCGGCAAUGGACUUGUCUGAAUCAAGAUUGACGAUAUUUAACAUGGUGCAAGGGGUAAAGGUGAAGAGUUGGAAACUAGCAAUUCAGGUGCCUCAACUGCAUACUCCUCUCCCACGGAUUGGAUCAUACCCAAGAGAUGAUUACAGACGCCCUGGAAUCUAAUUGAAAAAGGAAAGAAAAAGGAAAGAAAAAUGUCACGCGCAUUCACAGGGCAACGGAAAUGAAGCAUUUGAUACAGGGAGGUAAGGCUUGAAUUGUCUGAAAA